AUGGAUACCAAGUCAGUUCAUACUAUUCAAUCGAUCCAACUUCAAGAGAUCCGUGAUCACAACAAGCACAUUGUGCAACCGCCAAAAUUCACUGCUCAGGCUAUCAAGAAUUACUUUGGAUCGAGAUUUAGAUCUUUGUUUGUCCCAAAGGAAGAACUUGAGCAGUACACUUGGGCCGAUAUCUACAACCCUUUCUCUGCCUUGCGAGAAGUCAGCUUAAGGGAAUGGAACUUCUUCUUCCUUGGUUUCUGGGCUUGGACCUGGGAUGCUUUUGAUUUUUUCACCGUUUCUUUGAACAUUACUAACAUUGCGGAAGCUUUGGAUCUGUCAGUCAAAGAUAUCUCCUGGGGUAUUACAUUGGUGUUGAUGUUGAGAACUGUCGGUGCUAUUAUAUUUGGUUUGAUUGGUGAUACUCGUGGUAGAAAAUGGCCCUACAUUAUCAACUUGGCUCUUUUGAGUGUCAUUCAAAUCGGAACUGGUUUUGUACAAACUUAUAAGCAAUUCUUGGCUGUUAGAGCUCUUUUCGGUAUUGCCAUGGGUGGUUUGUUCGGUAUUUGUGCUGCUGAAGCAUUGUCGGACGCCCCAAGAAAGGCCAGAGGUAUAAUGUCUGGUAUCUUCCAAGAAGGUUACGCUUUCGGUUACUUGUUGGCCGUUGUUUUUCAAAGAGCUAUUGCAGACACCAGCAGCUGGAGAAAUGUCUUCUACUUUUCUGCUGGUGUCGGUGUCAUUUUCAUGGUAUGGAGAUUUUUCUCUCCUGAAACCGAUUCUUUCUUGAGGCAAAAGGCUAGAAUGGAAGAAACUGCUGCUGCUGGCGGCCAAGGUGGUUCCAAGGUUGCAGCUUUCAAAUCCCAAGCUCGUAAGGCCAUGAAGCAAUAUUGGUUAAUUGUCAUCUACUGUGUCUUGAUGAUGUCUGGUUUCAACUUUUCUUCUCAUGGUUCUCAAGAUUUGUACCCUACCAUGCUCAAAAACCAAUACCAAUUCAGUGCCGAUAAGAGUACUGUUGCUAAUGUUGCUGCCAACUUGGGUGCUUGCGCUGGUGGUAUUUUUGUCGCUCACAUGUCUACUUUUAUUGGUCGUAGAUUAGCCAUCAUUUUGGCAACGAUUCUUUGUGCUGCUGUUAUUUAUCCAUGGGCCUUCAUUCCUAACGCAGGAUCUGCAUUCGCAUUCCAAUUCGGUAUCCAAGGUGCCUGGGGUGUCGUUCCAAUCCACUUGUCAGAAUUGUCUCCACCACAGUUCAGAUCUUUCGUCACCGGUGUUGCCUACCAGUUAGGUAACUUGUGUUCUUCUGCAUCCUCCACCAUCGAAGCCACCAUCGGUGAACAUGUCUACGAUUACGGAAAGACCAUGGCCAUAUUCAUGGCAUGUGUCUUGGUUUACCAACUUAUUAUUAUCUUUAUCGGACCAGAAAACAGAGGUGCCGACUUGGGUAUCGAAAGAGACGAUAUUCUCGAUGAAGAUGCUUACGAAGACGACGACGAA